AUGUCGUCCCUUCUCUCUUUCUUCGGUUGGGCUGUCCUCCCAAACUAUGUCACCUCCAUCGUUCAGAGCGUCUACUAUGGCAUCACCAUCCGCGCAGGCGAGCCCCGCCCUCAGCCAGGCACUCCGCGCUAUGCGCGACACCGCCGGCGCAUCUACAUCCUCGUCGUGACCAGCUACCUCCUCUACACUCUCUACGAGACCUUCCAUCGCGUACAAGUCGCAGGCGACUUCUACCGCGCCCUGGGGGUUUCUCCGUUUGCCGAUGAACGCACUAUCAAGUCGCGCUUCCGUCGUCUGGCUGCCCAGCACCACCCAGAUAAGGCCGGCGGCGCCGUGUCGGACAGCUACUUUGUGUAUCUGAGGCUGGCGCAGGAUACGCUCCUCGACCCCGUGAAGCGGGUCGCGUAUGAUAUGUACGGCCCGGACAUGUUGAAUUGGGGCGAUAAGAGAACCCUGCAGGAGUUUGUGAUGGCUGGGUUGCAGCGGUCUUUGCCGCAGUAUGUGAUCGGGUUGGUUACGAUUGUGGUGCUGCAGUUUACGUAUUGGUCGGAGUGGGGACGUUAUUGGCGCUACUUCACCUUCGCUGCGCUGGUUACCCUCGAGUCGAUCCUACUUACACGUCCUACGGCAUUACUACUCCCGUGGAGCUAUAUCCCCGCCGGAUUGCAGGGUUUGCUGGGCUUCUCGUCCAAGGGCCCCGAGUUCUAUCUCCUGCCGUUUCAGAUCCUGACGCUGGCCCAGCGUGCCUCGGUCACUCUGCACAUCUUCAUCUCGCAGGUCACGCCGCCGGAGAUUAGUAAACGGGCGUCGUCUGCUCCGGGCGAUCGUCUGCAUCCGCAGACCAUGCAGAAACUGGGUCAGCUGGCGCAGCUCUCUCGGGCCACGGAUGGCGAAGCAACUCGGCUGCUGCAGUUGGGGUUUGCGCCGUUCAAGGGUGAUCGUGAGGGCGUGACGGCGCUGCGGAAGGGCAUGAAGGAGGCGCUGGUGCUGGGCAGUGUUCGGGCUAGUCCGGGAGUGCAGCAGGCGGUUGGGGAGGUGAUUCGACGGAAGAAGCAGGGGAAGGCGGAUUGA